CUUCCCAAGACCUGAUAAUUCUCCAAGCAGGGAUAAGUGCCCUGUAGCUCUCUCCAACUUUUCUUCUUCUUCUUCUCCAAUUUCUGUUAUUGGCUCUCUCCCCUCCAAUAUACCAGGGUGACUUUUUUGCCCUUAUCUUUUCAGAAUGGCUUCGAUAGCAAGGGUUUUGAGACCCGCGGCGGCCAGAGUGGCGGUGGUUGCAAGGCCGAUCGUUAGGACUCCGGCGGCGGCCAGAGUUGCACAGGCGACGAGGACCCUGUCCACCACCCAGCCCAGACGAAAUGAAGCCAUCGACAUCACCGACAUCCCGCCGACGCCCAUUACCCACAUGUCCGACAUCGAGGCGUCCAUGCAGGAAGCCGUCUCCAAAUUCGCCGCCGACGUUAUCGGGCCAAAGGUCCGCGACAUGGACGAGGCGGAGACUAUGGACCCCGCUGUUGUCGAGCAGCUCUUCGAGCAGGGACUGAUGGGCAUUGAGAUCCCAGAGGAAUACGGCGGUGCGGGCAUGAACUUCACGGCGGCGAUUGUUGCUAUUGAGGAGCUAGCGCGCGUGGACCCCAGUGUCAGCGUUAUGGUGGAUGUGCACAAUACGUUGGUCAACACUGCGGUUAUCAAGUAUGCGAGCAAGGAGCUUAAGGAGAAGUUCCUGCCUAAGCUGGCUACGGGCACGGUGGGCUCUUUCUGCUUGUCUGAGCCAGUCUCGGGGUCAGAUGCGUUUGCUUUGGCUACUAAGGCUACGAAGACUUCUUCGGGAUACACGAUUUCGGGAUCGAAGAUGUGGAUCACCAACUCUAUGGAGGCGGACUUCUUCAUCGUCUUCGCCAACCUGGACCCAAGCAAGGGAUACAAGGGCAUCACUGCCUUCAUUGUCGAGAAGAACAUGAAGGGCUUCUCUGUCGCCAAGAAGGAGAAGAAGCUUGGUAUCAGGGCCAGCAGCACAUGUGUGCUGAACUUCGACGAUGUCGAGAUCCCAGCUGAGAACCUCCUCGGCCAGGAAGGACAGGGUUACAAGUACGCCAUCAGCCUUCUCAACGAGGGCCGCAUUGGUAUCGCCGCUCAAAUGACCGGCCUGGCCCUUGGAGCCUUUGAGAAUGCUGCUAGAUACGUCUACAAUGACAGGAAGCAGUUCGGACAGCUCGUCGGAGAGUUCCAGGGCAUGCAGCACCAGAUGGGCCAGUCUUGGACCGAGAUCGCGGCCGCUCGCGCAUUGGUUUACAACGCUGCCAGGAAGAAGGAGGCGGGUGAGGACUUUGUUCAGGAUGCUGCUAUGGCGAAGCUGUACGCUUCGCAGGUGGCUGGCCGUGUUAGCGGUCUUGCCGUUGAGUGGAUGGGUGGUAUGGGAUUCGUUCGUGAGGGUCCAGCUGAGAAGUUCUUCCGUGAUAGCAAGAUUGGAGCUAUCUACGAGGGCACUUCCAACAUCCAGCUCCAGACUAUUGCUAAGAUGCUGCAGAAGCAGUACACUGCAUAAGCAUAAGCUAGCUAG